AUGUCGUGGGAAGAGAUCUUCCCCAAGAAGCCGAUGGACAGGCUGCGCUGGCUCUUCAAAGCCUGUAAGGCCGCGAAAGAGGGGCGGAUCAAGCCAAACCCACUGUACAACGUCGUGGCUCACAGGAGAUUUCUAGAAGGCCUCAAGGGCAGCAUUGCCACCGAUUGCCUCAAUCUCAUCCGUGGCCACAUCCACCUUUUCAGCCCGAAGCAGCAGAAGCAGCUGCAGUCUGACAACUUCGAGCUGUUCCGAAAGUAUGCCCCAAUCAGUGUCCUGGACUCUGACGACGAUGAGGAUGCUGCGCCGCCGUUGCCGCCACCUCCGGAGGUCCACGUGGAGAUGAAGGACAAGAAAAGGAAGAGGGGCGAAGUGCGAAAGCAAGUGGAAGAGGAGGAAGAAUUCGGUUUCAGCGAUGAUGAAACCGAGGUGAAGAAGGCGAGGAUCUUGGCCAAGGGCAUCGAAAGGCGUAUUGACCCAGCAGAUGGCCAGGCCUACUCCCUGGAGGAGUUCAUCACAGAGUAUGGUGGCAGCGGGGACAAGCCACCUGUCGAGUGGGAGAACUCCAAACAUACCUCGUUCAUCUACAAGGAGUAG